CUCCCCUCCCGUCGCCAACCACCUGCCCUCCCCCAACCGCUGACUGACCCCUCGCCGAUCCGAUCGCCACCUGCCACCCCACGAGAUCCGCCACCGCUCAUGCCGGGCCUCCUCGCGUACACGGCCGGCGGGCUGGGCCUCCUGGCCCUGGCGGCGCUCGAGUGCCUCCCGCUCCGCCUCCCGGCCGCGCCGCUGCCCCUCCUGCCGCGGAGACUCUCCACGCCGCUGCACCUCCGCCACCUCCUCGCCGGGGCCGCCUCCGCGCUCUGCCUCCUCUCCGCGCUGGUCUCCGCGCACCACCUCUCCCUCCCCACGCUCGCCGCCUCCGCGCUCUUCCUCCUCUACGCGCUCGCGCCGUUCGCGCCGCUCCGCUUUCCGCUCCCGCCCGCGCUGCUCGACCUCGUCCUCGCCGCCGCGUUCGCGCAGGAGCUGCUCCUCUUCGCACACCGCCGCCCCUCCACCGCGGCGGGGAUCGAGAACCGCUACUUCGACCUCCUCCUCGUCCCCAUCGCCGUCUGCCUCGGCGCCACGUUGCUCGCCGCGCACGCCCCCGAGGCCGCCCCGCCGCGGCUCGCGCGCGCCGCCGGCCUGGCGCUGCAGGGCACCUGGAUGGUCCAGAUGGGGUUCUCCUUCUUCACCAGCGCCGUCGCGCAGGGGUGCGCGCUCCACGCCCAGAGCCGCGUCGACUACACCAUCAAGUGCCGCACGCACGACGACUACCACCGCGCGCGCUCCGCGGCCACGCUGCAGUUCAACGGCCACCUCGCGCUGCUCGUGCUGGCCGGCGCGGCGGCGUACGCGGCCGCGCUCUCGAAAACAAACCAGCCGCCGAGCGGGUACAGCAUGCUGAGCAAGGAGGUGCAGAUGGAGGGGACGCCGCUGCGUUCGCAGUUCACGUUGGAUUCAGACGAAGAGAAAGAAGACGAUGAAAGGAUCACCAAUUCAGCAACGCCGGUGGCGAAUGGAUCGGCGUCCCAUCACGAGAUCGCAGUGCAAGCUUCGGAUUCCAAGUGAUUGGGAGUUGCAAUCGCGGCGAUUUUCGGUGUAUAAUAGCCCAACCAAGCAAGAUAUCUGCCAAGCUGCUGCAGGAUGAGGUUUUCAGUAUGAUGUUCAGUUUUGAUGCUUUACUUCAGAAUUCACCAUAUAUGAGGCAGAGAUCUUGCUCGAUUUGAUCUUCAUACAUGAAAUUUAACUUGUGCAUUAGAUUUAACUUCUUGUACAAUAGUGUAAUGUUCAAAAUGUUGUGGUUUCAGAUAGCCAUUUCGGGAAUAAAGUUGACAGACAUUUCCGUUUGAA